AUGAUUCCAAUACGAAAUACCACGGAAAAUAGUAGCUGUCUACUUUAUGGAGAACUAUUUGAACUUGAGAAAAGCCAGAAGCAGCAUAAAGAAGGACUUCAUGGUGAUGGGUUGCCAUACAAGUGCGGCCAGUGGAGCGUAGCGUGUUUGACAUUCUACAAACGUAGGCAGCAUCUAAUAUCGCACAGUGCCAACAAGCCAUAUCUAUGCACGAAAUGUGGGAAAUUUUUCAACAGACCACACCACUUGAAACGGGAUCUGUUACCGCACGAUGCUGACCGUGAAUUCGAAUGUACAGGAUGUCCUGCCGAAUUUACGCGUCGCGAUCAACUCGACAAGCACCUGAAGGCUCAUGCAAUGACAGCAAAUGACAACGAAAUUAACUAA